AUGCGGAUGAAAACCACCCUGACCUACCACUUCCCACCCACGCAGAUGGCCAGAGCGAAAAGACAGACAACCACAAGUGUUGGCAAGGAUGUGGGAGGAGGGCCAGAGACGGACGACUAUAUGGAGACACUGAAGGAUGAGGAGGACGCCUUGUGGGAGAACGUGGAGUGCAACCGGCACAUGUUGAGUCGCUACAUCAACCCAGCCAAGCUCACCCCCUACCUGCGCCAGUGCAAGGUCAUCGAUGAGCAGGAUGAGGACGAAGUGCUCAGUGCACCCAUGCUGCCGUCCAAGAUCAACCGGGCAGGCCGGCUGUUGGAUAUUCUACACACAAAGGGCCAGAGGGGCUACGUGGUCUUCUUGGAGAGCCUGGAAUUCUAUUACCCAGAACUGUACAAACUGGUGACUGGAAAGGAGCCCACCCGGAGAUUCUCUACCAUUGUGGUGGAGGAGGGCCACGAGGGCCUCACGCACUUCCUGAUGAACGAGGUCAUCAAGCUGCAGCAGCAGAUGAAGGCCAAGGACCUGCAGCGGUGCGAGCUGCUGGCCAAGUCGCGCCAGCUGGAGGACGAGAAGAAGCAGCUGACGCUGACGCGGGUGGAGCUGCUGACCUUCCAGGAGCGGUACUACAAGAUGAAGGAGGAGCGCGACAGCUACAACGACGAGCUGGUCAAGGUGAAGGACGACAACUACAACCUGGCCAUGCGCUACGCCCAGCUCAGCGAGGAGAAGAAGUGCAGCCGCGGGCCUGAGCUGCAAACACAGAACCCGCCGACCGACGGAACGAGCCCAGGAGCAGCGCAGGCCCCGUCCUCGUGCCUCGGGCUGAGCUGCGGGGGCAGCGACUCUCUCCUAGGUGCCCCCCAGAUCCGCACCACCUUCGUGCUGCCGCCUCCAGACCCACAGCUCUUUGCCUUCUUCUUCGCACAAAAUCCAUCCAGCAUGCUGCGUGUGGCACCGCGGGCCUCGCUCAGGCUGUCCGGGGCCUGGAACGAGGCCCCGUCCUUCCUCACCCAGCCGGGCGCCCCCACAGCUUUCGCCUGUCCGCUGAGCAGACGCUCCCGGGCCCUGCCUGAUGUCGGGCACCGGGUUAUGGGCUUCACGGAGAAAAACUACAACUGCCCAGAGGGUCGACAGGGGUACCGGAAGCUGCUGAAGGACAUGGAGGAGGGCCUGGUCACGUCCGGGGACUCGUUCUACGUCCGGCUGAACCUGAACAUCUCCAGCCAGCUGGACGCCUGCACCAUGUCGCUCAAGUGCGACGACAUCGUGCACGUCCGGGACACCAUGUACCAGGACAGGCACGAGUGGCUGUGCGCGAGGGUCGACCCUUUCACGGACCAUGACCUCGACGUGGGCACCAUACCCAGCUACAGCCGAGCCCAGCAGCUCCUCCUGGUCAAGCUGCAGCGCCUGAUGCACAGGGGCAGCCGAGAGGAGGCGGACCCCACGCACCACACCCUGAGGGCGCUCCGGAACACCCUGCAGCCUGAAGAGCCGGUUUCCACCAGUGACCCCCGGGUCAGUCCCCGCCUCUCUCGGGCAAGUUUCCUUUUCGGCCAACUCCUACAGUUCGUCAGCAGGUCCGAGAACAAGUACAAAAGGAUGAACAGCAACGAGCGGGUCCGCAUCGUCUCGGGGAGCCCGCUGGGGAGCCUGGCCCGGUCGUCGCUGGACGCCAGCAGGCCCUCGACCGAGAAGCAGGAAGAUGUUGUCACCAGAGACGAGUUCCUCAGGAAGCAGAAGACGGAGACCAUCAUCUACUCGCGAGAGAAGAACCCCAACACUUUCGAAUGCAUCGUUCCCGCCAACAUUGAAGCUGUGGCCGCCAAGGACAAGCACUGCCUGCUGGAGGCCGGGAUCAGCUGCACCAGAGACUUGAUCAAGUCCAGGAUCUACCCCAUCGUGCUCUUCAUUCGGGUGUCAGAGAAGAACAUCAAGAGGUUCAGAACAGCCGGCUGCUUGGCAUCCCCGCUCACCCCUUCAGCGGGUCCUCGUCGAGUGCCAGACAUGGCCCCCUACCUCCAGCAGUGGAGACCAUACCACACAGGCAACACGUCCCGGGGGACCCUGGGGGACAAGUGCCGAGUCACCUGCGGCAGCCGCGGUAAGAUGCCCAACGCCGUGUUCCCGUUGGUGAACAAGUCCACACCCUCGGGCUCACAGCCCCCCUUGGGCUCACGGGUCCUCGUGGAUGCGCGAGACAAGCUGGGCAUCCCAUGGCAGUAUUCGGAAAAUGAGAAGCACGGCAUGUUUCUCCUGGCCUUUGAGAACAAGGCGGGGCUGCCCGUGGAGCCUGCCACCUUCCAGCUGUACGUCCCCGCCCUGAGCGCUCUCUGGAGGGACUCCGGCAUCAGGGAGGCUUUUAGCCGGAGGAGCGAGUUCCAGCUGCACGCACUCUUCUGCGUUCUCCGAGAGGCCGCUGCUGUGCAACGGGAAGGCUGGUUCCCCCUAAAGGAAACGGAGUCCUCGUCACAGGCUCACGCCGUGGUGCCAGCCUGUCUGGUGGUCUUUCCUGGAUCGGCCACCUGCUGCGUGGGUGUGGCCAUCCACUUCCACACGCCUGUGCAGAACGGUGAAUCCGUGAAGUACUUUCUGGAUAACUUGGACCGGAUCGGCCAGCUGACAUGGGGGAGCAGUGCCGUGAAGCGUGUCCCGGGCACCCGGGAGGAAGCCGUGUCGGCCGUGGCCAGCCGAGGAAGUGGCCGGAGGGAGGGGACAGCGCCCGAGAAGCAGGAGCAGUCAGCGUGGCAGGAGCCCCCGGGGACAGGGAAUUUGGUGGGUGCCCGGGGUCCCAGCAGAGGCGGGGUCACGGAUCCCCCCGGGACCAUGCCCGUGGCAGGCACGUGGCCCCGGCCGUGCGAGUCGAGGGUUGCCCUGGUCAUGACCAGGCGGGAUAGCUGGGAUUGGACGGAACGCUAG